UUAUGUAAAUGCGCGAAUUUAUUUUUUCAAAGGACGGCCCUUCUCGCCGCCCAAUGAAAAUGAACCGCGGCCGACACCUGGUUAUAAACCCAGGAAGGAACCCGGAGUCCUAAUCAGAAAUCUGUUGAAAAAAGCCCCAGACGCGCAGCAGGCAGAACAGCGGAGAGACGCUCGCGAUGACUUCCAGUAAGAUCGAGAUCCCCGGAGAGGUGAAGAGCGACCCCGCCGCUCUCAUGGCAUCGCUCCAGCUGAUGCCCUCACCGGUGCCCAACCCGGAGAUCGAGCACACCAAGAUUUUCAUCAACAACGAGUGGCAGGACUCCGUUAGCGGGAAGGUUUUCCCCGUGUGCAACCCGGCCACUGGAGAGCAGCUCUGUGAGGUGCAGGAAGCAGACAAGGCCGACGUGGACAAAGCGGUGCAGGCGGCGCGUCUGGCCGUGUCCUUGGGCUCCGUGUGGCGCCGGAUGGACGCGUCGGACAGGGGCCGUCUGCUGUCCAAACUGGCCGACCUGGUGGAGAGAGACAGCGUGUACCUAGCAACGAUCGAGUCCCUGAACAGUGGGAAGCCUUUCCUGACCACCCUGUUUGUGGACCUCCAAGCAACCAUAAAGACACUCAGAUACUUUGCUGGAUAUGCUGACAAGAUCCACGGCGCCUCCAUCCCAAUGGACGGAGAGUAUCUGACGUUCACCAGAUAUGAGCCCAUCGGAGUCUGCGGACAGAUCAUCCCAUGGAACUUCCCUCUGAUGAUGACAGCAUGGAAGCUGGGCCCGGCGCUCGCCUGUGGGAACACGGUCGUCCUCAAACCCGCCGAGCAGACGCCGCUCACCUGCCUCUACGUGGCCGCCCUCAUCAAGGAGGCCGGCUUUCCACCAGGAGUCGUCAAUAUUUUGCCGGGAUUCGGGCCAACGGCGGGAGCUGCGAUCGCUUGGCACAUGGGCAUAGACAAAGUGGCUUUCACAGGCUCCACCAAGGUCGGCAAGAUGAUCCAAGAGGCGGCCGGGAAGAGCAACCUGAAGAGAGUGACGCUGGAGCUCGGAGGGAAAAAUCCUAACAUCAUAUUUGCAGAUGCCGAUUUGAAUCUGGCCGUGGAACAGGCCCACCAGGGCGUGUUCUUCAACGCGGGCCAGUGCUGCACGGCGGGCUCGCGCAUCUUUGUGGAGGAGCCCAUCUACGACGAGUUCGUCCGGAGGAGCGUGGAGCGAGCCAAGAGGAGGGUGGUGGGCAGCCCCUUCGACCCCACCACCGAGCAGGGUCCACAGAUCAGUCGGGAGCAGCAGACCAGCGUGUUGGACUACGUCCAGAGCGGCAUCAGCGAAGGAGCCAAGCUGGAGUGUGGAGGCAAAGCUCUGGGCUUGAAGGGGUUUUUCAUUGAGCCCACGGUUUUCUCCAACGUGAGGGAUGACAUGCGCAUCGCAAGGGAGGAGAUUUUUGGUCCAGUCCAGAUGAUCAUGAAGUUCAAAACCAUCGAGGAAGUGAUAGAAAGAGCCAACAACACAGAUUAUGGUUUGGUGGCAGCUGUAUUUACCAACGACAUCAACAAAGCCAUGACCAUAUCCACAGCCAUGCAGGCUGGCACCGUCUGGAUAAACUGCUUCAACGCUCUGAGCACACAGUGUCCAUUUGGGGGAUAUAAGAUGUCUGGCAAUGGACGUGAAAUGGGAGAGAACAGCUUGAAGGAGUACACAGAAGUGAAGACCAUCACGAUCAGGAUGGUCGCCAAGAACUCUUAAGACAGCGACGCCUCGUUUGGGAGGAGGUAGCCACAUCCUCAUCAUUGACCCGCCUCUCGUCAGUCUGCCCACGGAGGCCACACCACUUCAAGCAUCACAACCGGCCGUUCCCAUGGUAACCACAGGCCGCGACCUCGCAGUCCUUCCAUCAGCGGUGUGGACCAGCGGCCAAUCCCUGCCCAGUUAUCUCCACCUACCUUGAACCCGUGGACUGUCUCCAGUCUGACUGACAACCUCUGCAUCGCGCCCCCACUGUUUACCUCCCCCACUAACUACACUAAAGCACUCACAAGCGAGACGGGGGAGGCUGUUCUGACUGCAAACCCUAAUAACAAGCCCCCCACCAGCCGCUACCCCCACCAACCCCCCACACCCCCAGAUGCUGGAUGCUCAGAGACUCAGUCGCCGCACUUGCAAACAACCCUUAACAAGCAACUUGUCGUGUGUUGGGAGUCCGUUUUUCUUUGUACUGUGCGGUGUGAUCAUCAAACCUCAUGUGUCUAGUUCUGUUUCUAUGGAAGCAUGUCAGCUCAUUCAAGACCACUGAUGUUUGAGCCUCAGAUAUGAAUGGAUGAAAUGUUAAUUCGUAAUUAAAAUUGAUUUUUAAUUGUCUUUGUUUAUAUUUUAGCUCAUAUGACUUAACACUGUAUGUCAACCUUUGACAGACGUAAACGUAAGAAGUUUUAACCUCUUGAUGCAUUUUACUCUCACCUGCUAAAAGAGGAAUAGAUGUAUUUUAAACAUUAUGUAACUGAUCUUCAUCGAUGUCCAUCUAUGUUUAUGUUUAUACAAUUGUAUGCUAUAAAAUUAUAAAUUGACUUUAGUUGUUUUUUUUCAGUAAAACACAUUUCCUGGAAAGUG